AAAUGGAAAGCCAUGAACGUUUUGAUCAUCUGUGUCUAACCUUACAUUUUGAUUAAGCGUUCUGGCAAAUGAAAGUGACUUCCUAAAUAACCUUCAUAAAGAAAUCAUGGAGGACAAAGAAACAUGCAGCAAUGAAGAUUUUACUUCAGGAUGCAGUCAAAACCAGGGGCAGAGAUCAAACUCACUGGAGUCCAGCUGUGUGUCUAUGAAGAGUGACCAUUCUAUGGACACACCACCAGAAUUUAAGGGAAGAAACACAUCAGCUGAUCUGAGUCAAAACCAGGGGCAGAGAUCAAACUCACUGGACUCCAGCUGUGUGUCUAUGAAGAGUGACCAUUCUAUGGACACACCACCAGAAUUUAAGGGAAGAAACACAUCAACUGAUCUGAGUCAAAACCAGGGGCAGAGAUCAAACUCAUUGGAGUCCAGCUGUGUGUCUAUGAAGAGUGACCAUUCUAUGGACACACCACCAGAAUUUAAGGGAAGAAACACAUCAACUGAUCUGAGUCAAAACCAGGGGCAGAGAUCAAACUCAUUGGAGUCCAGCUGUGUGUCUAUGAAGAGUGACCAUUCUAUGGACACACCACCAGAAUUUAAGGGAAGAAACACAUCAACUGAUCUGAGUCAAAACCAGGGGCAGAGAUCAAACUCACUGGAGUCCAGCUGUGUGUCUAUGAAGAGUGACCAUUCUAUGGACACACCACCAGAAUUUAAGGGAAGAAACACAUCAACUGAUCUGAGUCAAAACCAGGGGCAGAGAUCAAACUCACUGGAGUCCAGCUGUGUGUCUAUGAAGAGUGACCAUUCUAUGGACACACCACCAGAAUUUAAGGGAAGAAACACAUCAACUGAUCUGAGUCAAAACCAGGGGCAGAGAUCAAACUCACUGGAGUCCAGCUGUGUGUCUAUGAAGAGUGACCAUUCUAUGGACACACCACCAGAAUUUAAGGGAAGAAACACAUCAACUGAUCUGAGUCAAAACCAGGGGCAGAGAUCAAACUCACUGGAGUCCAGCUGUGUGUCUAUGAAGAGUGACCAUUCUAUGGACAAACCACCAGAAUUUAAGGGAAGAAACACAUCAACUGAUCUGAGUCAAAACCAGGGGCAGAGAUCAAACUCACUGGAGUCCAACUGUGUGUCUAUGAAGAGUGACCAUUCUAUGGACACACCACCAGAAUUUAAGGGAAGAAACACAUCAACUGAUCUGAGUCAUGACUUUCAACUCGUUCAAAGCAGAUUUAAAUCAAAUCUAAUAAAGAAGUUUCAGUGUCUGUAUGAAGGAACAGCAAAGCAGGGAAACCCAACACUCCUGAAUGAGAUCUACACAGAGCUCUACAUCACAGAGAGUGAAAGUGGAGAGAUCAGUAAUGAGCAUGAGGUGAGACAGAUUGAGACACAAACCAGGAGAGCAGCAACAGGGGACAAACCAAUCAAAUGCAAUGACAUCUUUAGACCUUUACCUGGACAAGACAAAGUCAUCAGAACUGUGCUGACAAAGGGAGUCGCUGGCAUUGGAAAAACAGUCUCUGUGCAGAAGUUCAUUGUGGACUGGGCUGAAGGGAAAGAGAAUCAGGACAUCCAGUUCGUAUUUCCUCUUCCCUGCAGAGAGCUCAAUCUGAUGAAGGGCAAAACACUCAGUCUUUCAGAUCUACUUCGUAUCUUUUUCUCUGAAACAAUAGAAAUGGAAAUAUCCAGAGUUGAAUAUAAAGUGUUGUUCAUCUUUGAUGGUCUGGAUGAGUGUCGUCUGUCUCUGGAUUUUCAGAGCGAUAUGAGGUUGUGUGAUGUAAGCAAAUCAGCCUCAGUGGAUGUGCUGCUGAUGAACCUCAUUGUGGGGAAUCUGUUUCCCUCUGCUCUCAUCUGGAUCACCUCCCGACCAGCAGCAGCUGAUACCAUUCCUUUCGAGUGUGUUCAUCGCGUGACAGAGGUACGAGGCUUCAGUGAGCCAAAGGAGAAGGAAUACUUUAAGAAGAGAAUCAGUGAUCAGAGUCUGGCCAAUACAAUCAUCACACACCUGAAGUCAUCAAGGAGCCUCUACAUCAUGUGCCACAUCCCAGUGUUCUGCUGGAUCUCAGCCACUGUUCUAGAGAAGAUGUUGAGUGAAGCAGAGAGUGGAGAGAUUCCCAAGACUCUCACUCAGAUGUACACACACUUCCUGAUCAUUCAGACCAACAUCAAACAUGAGAAGGACUAUGAGAAAAAAGUAAAGGAUAAAGACAUGAUUGUCAAACUGGGGAAACUGGCCUUUCAGCAGCUUGUAAAAGGCAACCAGAUCUUCUGUGAGGAAGACCUGAGAGAGUGUGGCAUUGAUGUAACAGAAGCAUCAGUGUACUCAGGAUUGUGCACUCAGAUCUUCAGAGAGGAGUUUGGCUUGUAUCAGGGGAAAGUCUUUUGCUUUGUUCAUCUGAGCAUUCAAGAACAUCUAGCAGCUCUAUAUGCACACCUCUCUUUUAUAAAGACCUACAUAAAUGUUUUUGACCAAACUGAAAAAAGGCUCUUCUCUAACGUUUUAGGCUGGAUAUAUAACACUUUAUACUGGUUUCUAAAUUAUUCAUUAUCUGAGCUGCAUCAGAGAGCUGUGGAUGAGGCUUUACAGAGUAAGAAUGGACAUCUGGACCUUUUCCUGCGUUUUCUUCUGGGUCUCUCAUUGGAGUCCAAUCGGACUCUAUUACAAGAACUGCUGACACAGACAGGAAGCUGCUACUACAUCAAAGAGGAAACCGUUGAGUACAUCAAACAGAAGAUCAGGGAGAAUCGCUCUCCAGAGAGAUCCAUGAAUCUGUUACACUGCCUGAAUGAACUGGAUGAUGAUUCACCGAUGCAAGAGAUCCAAGAUUAUCUGAAAUCUGGGAAGAUAGGAGAAACCAAACUCUCCUCUUCACAGUGGUCAGCUCUGGUUUAUGUGUUGCUGACAUCAGAGCAGAAAAUGGAUGUUUUUGAUCUAAAACAAUUUAUUGGAGCACAAAAUAAAGCAGAUGAAGUUCUUCAGAAGCUGCUGCCUGUGGUUAAAGAAUCCAGAUCAGUUCAGUUGUGGGAUUGUGGAGUCACAGAUGAAGGUUGCAUUGCUCUGACUUCAGCUCUGAAAUCAAACCCCUCACACUUGAGAGAACUGGAUCUGUCUGGAAAUGAAAUAGGAGUCUCAGGAGUAAAUCUGCUCUCUGAUCUACUGAAGUAUGCUCACUGUAAACUGGAAAAACUGAAGUUGAGGUAUUGUGGUGUCACAGAUGAAGGUUGUGCUGCUCUGGCUUCAGCUCUGAAAUCAAACCCCUCAUACCUGAGAGAACUGAAUCUGACUGGAAAUGAAAUGGGAGCUUUUGGAGUCAAGCAGCUUUCUGAUCUACUGCAGGAUCCUCACUGUAAACUGAAAAUACUGACCGAUAAUUCUCAACUGAUCCAAUGCAUGCUUAAAUUAAAUCUGAAGAAGACAUUUCAGUUUCUGUAUAAAGGAACAGCAAAGCAGGAAAACCCAACACUCCUGAAUGAGAUCUACACAGAGCUCUACAUCACAGAGAGUGAAAGUGGAGAGAUCAGUAAUGAGCAUGAGGUGAGACAGACUGAGACACAAACCAGGAGAGCAGCAACAGUGGACACAUCGAUCAAAUGCAGUGACAUCUUUAGACCUUUACCUGGACAAGACAAAGCCAUCAGAACUGUGCUGACAAAGGGAGUCGCUGGCAUUGGAAAAACAGUCUCUGUGCAGAAGUUCAUUGUGGACUGGGCUGAAGGGAAAGAGAAUCAGGACAUCCAGCUCAUAUUUCCACUUCCUUUCAGAGAGCUCAACUUGAUGAAGAACAAAACACUCAGUCUUUCAAAACUUCUUCACAUCUUUUUCCCUGAAACAAAACACAUGAAAAUAUCCAGUGAUGAAUAUAAAGUGUUGUUCAUCUUUGAUGGUUUGAAUGAGUGUCGUCUGUCUCUGGAUUGUCAGAGCAAUGUGAGGUUGUGUGAUGUAGGUGAAUCAGCCUCACUGAGCGUGCUGCUGAUGAACCUCAUUGUGGGGAAUCUGCUUCCCUCUGCUCUCAUCUGGAUCACCUCCAGACCAGCAGCAGCUGAUCUCAUUCCCUCUGAGUGUGUCCAUCGAGUGACAGAGGUACGAGGCUUCAAUGAUCCACAGAAGGAAGAAUACUUCAGGAAGAGAAUCAGUGAUCAGAGUCUGGCCAAUACAAUCAUCACACACUUGAAGUCAUCAAGGAGCCUCUACAUCAUGUGCCACAUCCCAGUGUUCUGCUGGAUCUCAGCCACUGUUCUAGAGAAGAUGUUGAGUGAAGCAGAGAGUGAAGAGAUUCCCAAGACUCUCACUCAGAUGUACACACACUUCCUGAUCAUUCAGACCAACAUCAAACACGAGAAGGACUAUGAGAAGAAAGUCAAAGAUGAAUUCAUGAUUGUCAAACUGGGGAAACUGGCUUUUGAGCAGCUUGUGAAAGGCAACCUGAUCUUCUAUGAGGAAGACCUGCAAGAGUGUGGUUUUGAUGAAACAAAAGCAUCAGUGUACUCAGGAUUGUGCACUCAGAUCUUCAGAGAGGGGUUUGGCUUGUAUCAGUGGAGAGUCUUCUGCUUUGUUCAUCCGAGCAUCCAGGAACAUCUAGCAGCUCUAUAUGCACACCUCUGCUUUACAAAGCAGAAGAAAUCUGUUUCAAUAUCUGAGCUGCAUCACAGAGCUGUGGAUGAGUCUUUACAGAGUAAGAAUGAACAUCUGGGUCUUUUCUUGCGUUUUCUUCUGGGUCUCUCAUUAGAGUCCAAUCAGACUCUCUUGCGAGAACUACUAACUCAGACAGGAAGCUGCUCCUUCAACAAAGAGGGAACGGCUGAGUACAUCAAGCAGAAGAUCAAAGAGAAUCACUCUCCAGAGAGAUCCAUCAAUCUGUUCCACUGUCUGAAUGAACUGGGUGAUGAUUCACUGAUGCAGGAGAUCCAAGAUUAUCUGAAAUCUAGAAAAAUAGGAGAAACUAAACUCUCCUCUUCACAGUGGUCAGCUCUGGUUUAUGUGUUGCUGACAUCAGAGCGGAAGAUUGAUGUUUUUUAUCUAAAACAGUUUAUUGGAGCACAAAAUACAGCCGAUGAAGUUCUUCAGAACCUGCUGCCUGUGGUUAAAGAAUCUAGAUCAGUUCAGUUGAUUAAUUGUGGUGUCACAGAAGAAGGUUGUGCUGCUCUGGCUUCAGCUCUGAGAUCAAACCCUUCACACCUGAGACAACUGAAUCUGUCAUUUAAUAAGCUAGGAGCAUCAAGACUGAAUCUUUUCUCUGAUCUACUAAAGGAUCCUCACUGUAAACUGGAGAUACUGUGGUUGAGUGAUUGUGGUGUCAGAGAUGAAGGUUGUGCUGCUCUGGCUUCAGCUCUGAGAUCAAACCCCUCACACCUGAGACAACUGGAUCUGUCUGGAAAUAAACUAGGAGACACUGGAAUGAAGCUGCUCUCUGAUGUACUGAAGGAUCCUCACUGUACACUGGAAACACUGAGGUUGAGUAACAAUCGUGUUACAGAUGAAGGUUGUGCUGCUCUGGCUUUAGCUCUGAGAUCAAACCCCUCACACCUGAGAGAACUCAAUCUGUCUGGAAAUAAACUAGGAUCAUCAGGAUUGAAUCUGCUCUCCGAUGGACUGAAGCAUCCUUACUGUAAACUAGAGAAACUGUGGUUGAGUGAAUGUGGUGUCACAGAUGAAGGUUGUAUUGCUCUGGCUUCAGAUUUGAGAUCAUACCCCUCACACCUGAGAGAGCUGAAUCUGUCUGGAAAUAAACUAGGAAACUCAGGAGUGAAUCUGCUCUCUGAUCUACUGAAGGAUCCUCACUGUAACCUGGAGAAACUCUGGUUGACGGAUUGUGGAGUCACAGAUGAAGGUUGUGCUGCUCUGCUUUCAGCUCUGAGAUCAAACCCCUCACACCUGAGAGAACUGAAUCUGUCUGGAAAUAAACUAGGAGCAUCAGGGCUGAAUCUACUCUCUGAUGGACUUAAGGAUUCUCACUGUAAACUGGAGAUACUGUGGUUGAGGGAUUGUGGAGUCACAGAUGAAGGUUGUGCUGCUCUGGCUUCAGCUCUGAGAUCAAACCCCUCACACCUGAGAUAUCUGGAUCUGACUGGAAAUAAACUAGGAGACUCAGGAGUGAAGCUGCUCUCUGAUGGACUGAAGGAUCCUCACUGUAAACUGGAGAUACUGAAGUUGAAUAAUUGUGGAGUCACAGAUGAAGGUUGUGCUGCUCUGGCUUCAGCUCUGAGAUCAAACCCCUCACACCUGAGAAAACUGGAUCUGACUGGAAAUAAACUAGGAGCCUCAGGAGUGACGCUGCUCUCUAAUGGACUGAAGGAUCCUCACUGUAAAUUGGAGAUACUGAAUUUGUGGUAUUGUGGAGUCACAGAUGAAGAUUGUGCUGUUCUGGCUUCAGCUCUGAGAUCAAACCCCUCACACCUGAGAUAUCUGAAUCUGACUGGAAAUAAAUUACAAGAUUCAGAUGUGAAGCUGCUCUCUGAUCUGAAGGAUGAUCCACAUUGUAAACUAGAUACACUUCAUCGAGCUGCGCUGCGCCACUCGUGUCCGAGGAAGACGCUGAAGCAGCGGGCGGCGCGGCGUUUGCCCGGGGAUGAACCCGCUAGAGUGGAAGAGUUCUGGAGAACAUCCGCGCCGUUUGUCGAUGCAAUUUACGAGAGAUUAAGACCAGCAAGUGAG